AUGGCUUUCACAGCCACUCAAGAUCUACCAUUGCAGAUCACGGUACCAUCAGACACGCCUUCGGCACCUCCACUUGUCUCCUCGGAGCGCCGUAUCACUCCAUCAUGGACGAUAUCACAGUUGAAGACCAAGCUCGAGCCUAUCACCGGCAUACCGUCAUCGUCACAAUCACUACGCACGCGAGGGAUCGACGGAACAUGGAUCCCGCUGGCGGACGACGAGGCCCAGGUCGGCGAUGCCCGCUACGGUCUGCGGAAAGGCGCCGAAAUUGAGAGCGGGCCAGCCAGCAUGACCGAUGGCCCAUCGCCAAUGAGCAUUUCAAGGACGGUCUAUACUAAUGCCGGGCCAGGUCCUGGACAUCCGCCCUUCUCACCUCCGAGGCAACACCACCGCAUUCAACGACCCCACCGUCGAGAAAUACACCAUGCCCGAAACUACCUAUUCCACCCUCCGAACACAGUCCUCUCCUGGAAGAAGCAGCAGAAACUCGGUCGCUUCGAUCCCAACGCCGCCACGCCCGCUUCCUUAGCCAUCGAGCGUCGCGAGCACGACCGCUCAAUCAUCUCCUCCCGCGGCAUCUCUGCCGGCGUCCGCUGCCGUGUCGGUGGCGAUGAUGGACGACGUGGGCUCGUGAGGUUCACAGGUGAGAUCCCAGGAUUGGGCGGCGAGAGGGAGGCUGGGUGCGUGUGGGUGGGCGUACAGCUGGACGAGCCGGUGGGAAGGAACGACGGCAGCGUGAAGGUGGAGGUCGUGGUCGAGACAGGGGAGGGCAACGAGAAGGUGGAGGAGAAGAGGACGCAGAUGAGGCGAGUGUUCGAAUGCGAGGACAAGUUUGGCGUCUUUGCACGUCCGGAGAAGGUUGAGGUAGGCGAGCAGUGGACUGUGCUGGAUGAUCUAGGCGUUGAUGACGAUAUGGAGGAAUUGUGA